UCUAAAUCGGGGCGGGAGGAAGAGAAGAAGAUGAAAGAAGGCAAAAGGGGAGAGGAGACGGAGAGGGGUCACGACAAAAGAAAGGGGAGGGGGGAAGAUGAGCGAGGAGAGCAAGGACAAGCCGCAAUGCAGCACCUUCCAUGGCGCCUCCGACCACGCCCAGCCCGCCAGCAUCGGCUUCCCCCUGCCGGUGCCGCCGCCAGGCCUAACAAUCGCCCAUUCCCCCUCUCCUGCCUCUCCGGCCGGCUUAACCGCCGCUCAACCUCCCUUCCCUGCGCCUCCGCAGCAGCCGUUGCCUCCCUCUUACGCCCACGACUACCAGGCCGCCCCAGGUUAUGCACAUGUCGUUGAAGGAAGACCAGAGACACUGCCAAGCCUCCCUUGCUGCGGUUUGGGCAUCGGUUGGGUUUUGUUCAUAAUUGGAUUCUUUCUGGCUGCGAUCCCAUGGUAUGUUGGCGUGUUUUUUCUACUUUGUGCCAGAGUAGACCACAGAGAGAAACCAGGCUUAGUCGCUUGCACAAUUGCAGCUGCGCUUUCUGCAAUUGCUGCGAUUAUCGGUGGUGCAACCAGUUGAGCUGACGUGUGUGUGUGGCGAGAUUAAUAAAUAGUAAUGUGUAUGUAUGUAUGUAUGUGUCUGUCUUUCCAACUCGCCAUAUAGAAAGAAAG